AUGAAGGCUGGCUGGCAAGGAUGCAGUCAUAGUCAUAGUCAUAGUCAUAGUCAUAGUCAGUCGGGUAGCCCCGGGAUCAUCCGGUGGUACACUCCUACUCUAGACUGCCUCCAGUGCAGUCUUCCACAAGAACUGUACUUCUUCGGAUCAUUCAUCCUUCAGGCAUUUAUAAUCAGUGAGAAGGUUUCAGUCAUGAGCUCCCUGCCUACCCGUCGUCCAACCAGUACUACCACCCCACCAUCAGGGAACAACUACCACCAUCCCAUCCACAUCUCAACAACAACACCAUCAUCAUCAUCUUCCAAUCAGAUCACUAACUCGUUAAACCGACUAGCAUCCUCAUCCCAUCAUCCCAACCAAUCUCGAUCACUUCUCAGUCGAAUCUUCCUCAGAGGCUCACGUCGGAUUCGAUGGCUCAUCCUCAUCCUCAUCAUCUUCAUCAUCUUAUUCUAUUGGCCCCAACUCAAGGAGCAUUCUAAUGAUUGGCCAGACCUACUCUCACGAAAAUCUAAAUCCAAAGCAACUGGCGAUCCAGACUCAAGCAUCCCAACGGUCUCGCGUGAUGUUCUCGAUGUACUCGAAGAACUCGAUCAGUCUCAACUAGAUGAUGAAGAGAAGGCGAUCGAAGAACUAAUGAAUAAUGAUGAUGAUGAUAAGAACUCCUCCUCAACCCUCGACGCCGGUCUUCCUCUCGUCACCGCCUUACCUACCGAUCAACGACACUCCUCCUCCUCCUCCUCCAAGAGACCCAACUGUCCAAAUCAUCUGCCCGGACCAUGUCGGUUCCUUGUGGCCGGAUAUGUGGGUGAACAGGAAACAAAGGCUCAGAUCCACAUCCACCAACUCGCUUUACUCGCCCUAGCCCUCAAUCGGACACUCGUCCUACCUCAAGUCAGUCAGAGUCGCAUGGGGAGCUGUCUCGAAUAUCCCUUCGAUCUAUAUUAUGACUCCAACGCGCUCAAUCGACUAGGGCUAAACACGGUGACUCAUCAGGACUUCCUCCACUGGGCCACUGCCACCUCCGAUGUACCUUCAGCCAGACUACUCGCGAUCCUCGAACACAAGCAGAUCCCAUCCACUCCUCCUGAAGGUAGUGUUUCUUAUGACCAUUCUACUCCCACUAGGGAUACGUUCUCCUUCAUCAAGCAAGAUCGUCAGUUCUGUAUCCGGAACAGCUUCCAGAAAAAGUCAACCAAAUUCAAUCUUAACUUCCGCUCCUUCUCUCCCCUCACGAUCGUCGCCCCGCUUCAAUGGCAGAAAUCUACGGCCGGUCGAGAUAAAUUCGCAGAACAGAUCAUCAACUCUGUUCGACAAUCGGAUUCCUUCGAUCCAUCUACUCAGAAGAAGGACAAUCAUAAGCGGAGUAUUUUCACCAGUGAUCCUGAUGACUCGGAAGAAGGUGGUGUACCGGACGUCUUAGUGGUUAAUUACGAGCUCCGAUAUCCGUUCCUCGAUCCGCUUUCGAGUGCCAGUCAAAAGAUCUUACUCCGGGGGGAGAGUGAUUCGAAGACUGGAGCGGAUGGGCAGGUCUUGUUGGGUGAAUUGAAAGCCUUUGAACACUUUCCAUACGCGUCGGUGUGGGUGGACUUGGCGGAGAUGAUGGUCAAACAAUCACCAGCGAUGGUUGGAGUGCAUUGGCGACAGGAGAACAUCCGGAUCACCGAGCUCCAGCGAUGCGCCUCCUCCCUCCUCCUCACCCUCGACUCGCUCAAAAACUCCUAUCCGAGCUUGGAGGCUGUCUAUCUCUCGACAGAUUAUCCGAUCGAACAAGUCUUGGAUGAUCAGACUCGGACGGGCGGGAAGACUAGCGAUAAAGAGAUCAAAGCGCAUAGCGGUACAUUCUCUAAAUCGAUCACCCCGGAUCAUCACUCGAUGAUGCGCGACUUGCUCAGUCAUCCCAUCUCUCUCAAAUGGUUCACCUUCAACACUCUGCUCGAUACCCUCGAUUUAUCGGCCGAUCUGCUCGAGAAAUUCCUGCAACUCUCGCCCUUCAAGGCGAUCAAGGAGAUCGAGCGGAUGAUGAAAGUUCGGAACAAAUCCAACACUCUGGAUCUAGAUCGGGACCAGACGACAGAUUGGCUCAAUCAGCCCGAACAGACGACCAAGAUCGUCCAAGAGAACCGCAAAGAGAUCCAGCGAUUGGUCAAGGAGAAGUUACGAUUGCGCAGUGAAUCGGGUGCGGGAGUCGAAGGAGAAGAGGAGAAUGAAGGAGAAGGAGGAGAUUCGGGGAAGAUGAUCGAUAUCGGGAUCAUCGGCAUCCUAGAGAAAUCCGUCCUCGUCCGCUCCAGUCUCUUCCUCACCGGAGUCCCGGGCCAAUGCAGCAAACUCAGCUCAUUCACUAACCAGAUCGUCCUCCAUCGCCAACAACUCAUCGACCGCAACUUCGACCGGUUCGGGUUUCUUUUAGAUGUUGAUUAUCGAGGUAACGCGAAUCCUAACCUUCAGCACUUUAACGUCGUCGAGUUUUGGUCCCCUUCUCCUGCUUAAUUCUCUCCUCUAGCCCUGCUCCUCUCUCUCUCUCUUUGUUUCCCAGCUUUCGCUUGUAUCGUUAUCUCCUUCUCUACAAAUUUCCUUCAUCUUCCCGCCUUUUCUUCGUUCUUCUUCUUCCUCACAUUGUUUGCAUAUCAAACCUCGUUCUCCUUUCUUUUUACCGUUUGUCAAUUUACUUAUCUAGAAUUCAUUUUCUUUUGUUAGUGAAAUAAAUAAACUUGCAAAUUAUAUGUUUCGAUGUAUUUCUAUGAAUUAUGUCUUUAUCCUCUCUUCACACAUUGAAAAAAAAAAGAACAAAC